AUGGGUUCGCUCCCCGAAUCAUCCAACGCCGUGCGCGUUCUCAUCCUUGGAGGUUGCUAUGGUGGUCUAUCUGCUGCUGUCAACUUGCUUGAUCUGAGCCAAGGAUACUCUCCCCGCAUGAAUUCUGAGCCAUACAUCCACCAUCCCGAUCUUCCUCGCUUCAACAUCGAUAUCACCAUCGUCGAUGAGAGAGAUGGCUACUACCACUUGAUCGGUUCCCCUUUGGCUCUUGCUGAUUCUAACUUCUCCAAGAAGAACUGGGUCAAGUAUGCUGAUAUCCCUGGCCUCAAGGACCCUAGCAUCAACAUCAUCCAAGGCUCCGUCACCAGUGUUGACCUUGCAACCAAGAAAGCGACCAUCUCUGCUCACCUCACCGAGGAGAAGAGUACCCUUGAGUACGACUACCUCGUCUCUGCUACUGGUCUGCGCCGCGUCUGGCCUGUUGUGCCUCAGUCUAAGACACGAAAGCAAUAUCUCCUUGAAGCCGAGAACCACAUCAACUCUGUCCAUAAUGCUAAGCAUGGCGUCGUGGUCGUUGGUGGAGGCGCUGUUGGUAUCGAGAUGGCUGCAGAGCUGAAAAUGGUGAAGCCUCACCUCAGAGUGACUCUCGUUCACUCGCGUGACAAGCUCCUUUCUUCAGAAGGUCUUCCUGAUGAGACCAAGGAUGUUGCUCUUCAGUUGCUCCUCGAGGCUGGUGUUGAGGUUCUCAUGAGCCACCGUCUAGCUACAAAUAACAAGGUCGAGACGACUGACGGGAGUGAGAAGUAUGAGAUUGAGUUCACCAACGGCUAUAAGAUGUUCGCAAGCGAGGUUAUCAUGGCCAUUUCCAGGAGUGUUCCGACCUCAACAUACUUGCCAACCUCUGCCCUCGAUGCAGACGGUCUCGUCAAGAUCAAGCCCAAUCUGCAGUUCCAGGACGGCACACCCAACGCCGAGUCGCACUAUGCUGCUGGCGAUAUCACCAACUGGCCCGGUAUCAAGCGAUGUGGCGGUGCUAUGCAUCACGGCCACUACGUAGCACAGAACAUCCAUCAAAGCAUCCUCAGCCAACGAGCAGGCCACACCCCAGAGUUCAAGGAGCUUGUGGUCUACCCUCCUGUGAUUGGACUCGCAGUCGGAAAGAAGGCUGUAGCAUCGAGCCCUGAUACAGGCACAGUUUAUGGCGAAGAAGUUGCUCAGUCUUGCUUCCGAGAUGAUCUUGGUUGGACGAUUUGCUGGAACUACAUGCAGCUCGGUGGCCGCAAGACUGACGAGGCUAAGGCCUAA